AUGUCUACCGAGAGCAAAGAAGACGUCGUCGUUCUCUACGACAUUCCCUCCCGAGAGCCCUGCAGUGCUUGGUCGUUGAACCCAUGGAAGACGCGCCUUGUUCUCAACUACAAGAACAUCCCCUACCGCACCGAAUGGGUCGAGUAUCCAGACCUAGCUCCAACGCUUUCGAAGCUGGUUCCCAAGCGAGAGAGUGCGACGCAUUCUACUGAGGAGUUCACGAGCCCUACUAUCACGCUUCCCGACGGCACAGCAAUAAUGGACUCCCUCGCCAUCGCCAAAGCCCUCGAACAGCUCCAACCCAAACCGUCCCUUCAACUCGACUCGCCUCUACUCGACAAAGUCACCACUCUGAUCUUUCAGAUCCGCACAGCCCUUGUCCCAAUCUUCAUGCCCCUCGUCCAUAAACUCCUCCUUCCAGAACGCUCCGCAGAGUAUUUCCGCCGCACGCGCGAACAGCGCACCGGCCGCACGCUGGAGGAAAUCUACAACGACCCCGAAACCGGUGGGGCUAAAGCCUGGGAAAAGGGGGAGAAGGACGGCUUGAGAGAGCUUGGCGAGCUUUAUAAGCGAGCAAAGAAGGAGAAUGGUGGACCAUUCUUGGAAGGAAAGGAGCCUGGGUUCGCGGAUUUUGUGGUCGCGGGACAGAUGAGGAUGUUUGAGCGACUUGGUCACCUCGAGGACUAUAUUAAGGGGAGUGGGAAGGAGGUGGGGGAGAUGUAUGAGCGUGUCGGCCGUGGUUGGAAAGGGAUGAUCAUUGAAUUGAUUGAGCUCUGUCUUUGCGCUGAGCUUUGA